GUAUGGACCUCUUAGGAGCCCAAUCUUUCUUGUGGCAUAACUACCAACACCUACACCUCUUCAUCGACAGAAACGGGAAGAAAGAAUUUUUCUGCACUCUCCAGUUUUAUUACCUGGUUGCAUUUAUUCUUUCCCCCCUGUUUUUUUUUUUUUUUUUUGUUCAUUUGCUCGUCUAGUCAAGAGGCCUUUAGGCAAAGAAAAAAAAAAGACAAGAUGAUCGCUCUGUUUUCAUUGGCAUUGCUUUUCUUUGCAAGCAGUCUACAUGUUGAAGCACAAGAUAGUGAAUCAAGGAUCAAGGUCUACGCCAACAGAGGUGACAAUAUCACUCUGCCCUGCAGACUGGACGGUCUGUCCGCUUUGUUCGGAAACAGAAUCAAGUGGACCAAACUUGAGGAUGACUCUACAGAGACCGACGUGUUGAUGUCCAUGGGGUUCCACAAGAAGACCUACGGAAAUUACCAGGACCGCGUUUACCUGUUGGAGGCGGAUGACAAUGAUGCAACCUUGGUUUUUACAAACCUAGAUCUCAAGGACUAUGGCACAUACAGGUGUGAGAUCAUCAAUGGCAUGAAUGACAAGACUGUCGAAGUGGACCUUGAAUUGCAAGGGGAAGAUUCACUUUCAUUCACAGGGGUUGUUUUCCCAUACUCCCCUCCUUUGGGGCGGUACAACCUCAACUUCCAAAAUGCCGAGGCUGCGUGUCUGGAGCAGGACGCCGUGGUCGCCUCUUUCGAGCAGCUCUACGCGGAAUGGAAAAGUGGGCUGGACUGGUGCAAUGCCGGCUGGCUCAAUGACGGAACUGUGCAGUAUCCCAUCACCAAACCCAGAGAGCCCUGCGGAGGUGCAAGGACCUCAGCCGGACUGAGAAACUACGGCCGGAGGGACAAGUCCAACAGCCGCUAUGAUGUGUUCUGCUUCACAGCCAGCAUUCAAGGCCGCUUUUACUACCUGAUCCAGCCCAAGAAGCUGAACUAUGAUGAGGCUGUCAGCGCAUGCAUGAGAGAUGGAGCUGAGAUCGCAAAGGUGGGCCAUAUGUAUGCUGCCUGGAAGCUGCUGGGAUAUGACCGUUGCGAUGCUGGAUGGCUAGCCGACGGUAGCGUUCGUUACCCUAUCUCCAGGCCCAGGAAGAAUUGCAGCCCCACAGAGGCUGCAGUUCGCUUGGUUGGCUUCCCCAACAAAAAGCAGCAGCUGUACGGUGUCUAUUGCUACAAGUCUCAACCAUGAAACGCUUCACGUCACAUGUCACCUGUCACCUGUCACCUGUCACCAACCAAAGAGAAGCAAUACACCGGUUUCCACCUCCAAACUUAUGAAGGACUUUUUGCAUGAACUAGCCUUAACUGUGACAAAGGUCACUGUGAUUUUGCCAAGACAUGUUCUUGGAUUAAUAUAUUUUGUUAAUCCUGGAAUAACAUUCUUGUCCGAAAAUUUAAUCCUACCCCUAAACCCUAAUAAAAUCCCUAAAAUCAGAGUGAAAUGACAAGUGAAUAACACUGAUGUCGUAGCACCAAACCCUGGUUGUAAGCCUAAACGUGGCAUAAACUGUAAGCUUUUCCCUCAAAUCUGAUUGUUUGAUUGGAAUGUUGUUCCAGGACCAGGACCAACAAAGAUGUUGAGCCAGGAACAUGCUAUACUUGGUGAAAUCACAUUCACCCUGUGAUAACUAUUAUAGAAUGGAUACCGUAAAGACCAUACUGCAACAAUCACAUCACAAUAUUGUUGUAAACAGUUAUUUUAUCUAUCAUUUACAUUUUAUAUAGUUUUGUACACCAUAUGUAUGAAAAACAAACACAAAUCUCAUUCCGAAAGUAUAUUCAGCUAGAAGGAAAGUUGAAGUCACACUAUUUUGAUAAAAACCCCUAGUAAGUGUGAGUUUGUCAAGAAUCUCAGUUGUGACAUUGCAAUAAAAUUUUUAAAUAUUAACUCACAGUGUAAACUUGACAGAAAGUUUUUGAAACUUGCCCAAACAGAAAAACAAAGGCACCGUAAAUGAACCUGACACCUUUCUUUUCCUGAAACACUUGUGAUCUUACUCAAAUUCUAAUGUCCUUAAAACUAUAUAUUUUUUCUUGUGUUGGUGUAUUAUCCAAUGCUCUGAACUGUGACCUUAUUUUAUCUUUCUGAAAUAUCAAAUGAAUGUGUUUGGCCUGUAGUGCUGAGGCUUUAUAUUCAUAAAUAAUUCCAUUAUUAUUCAUGUCUACCCUUUAUUUGCAAUAUUGUGAUGUAUUUUUUCACCUGCUACUUUUUUUUUUAUUAUUAUGAGAGAAGCUAUUCCUCAGUUUUGAACUUGAUUGCCUUGGUAAAGAUUUUGAAAACUGUUUAAAUGUGUUCAUCCCUGCAUAGAAAGUAUUUAGUUGCAGACAGUGACAGAAUUUUUGCUUUAUGGCAGAUAACUACACACAGAAGUUAUAAUAAUUUAGGACCCAGUUGUAUAUUUAAUAACAUUUCAAGACUAGCUUGAGCCUUAGUUGCUUAAGUGUAGAUAUAAAGUCUCAACUGAAUGAUAUUGUAAUGCCACUGUCCUCUGAAAAAUAGCACUAAAAACAGCACUAAAAGCCAUGUAAAACGCUAUUCCUAAGUUUGAUUCUAAUAGAUUCUAACAUUGGAAUGUUAUGACGGGCAUAGUGUGGAUGACUUCAGAUAAUAAGAUCUGUGUUUGCUGAUGAACGUAACAUCUAUUACUUGCCACUUUGUAUUGAUAUGUUGUUUGUUUAUGGGAGGGGAAAAGAUUCUCUACCUAUAACUCAGCUUUGAACUGCAGAAGCCACAGUGCACAUAUAUUACAUUUUGUUUGAUUUUGUCUACAUGCACAAUUUUUUUUUUUUUUCUUUUUUUUUUAUCUGAAGUGCAGUGUAUGGUUUAUGAAUCCAAUCCAUUUUAAAUAAAUAAAAACCUAUAAAAAUUGAAA